UGUUGGCAGGUCUUGGAACAAGAUCGCACAUGUCGUGGUGUUGGACACCGCUGUUGAAUGCAAUCUUGUGCUCAAAAUUAUGUUAUUGUUUGUUCAAUUGUUAAAGAGUGUGACUUACGGGUUUGAGUGUGGAUAAUAUAGUGUGUGUUAUCCGUGUGAUUGUUCAGUCGCGGGAACUUGACUGUUAUUAAGUUAGUGCGCAAGUGCAGGAAAUGGCUAUGGUGCUAACUCCAAUUUUAAAAAAUACUGUGUCAGGUAAUUUGAAAGAGAUUUCUGGUGGUGCAAGGGUGAAAUUCAACCUUCCUGAUGACCAGGAAAGUAUAAUUACCUACCUGAAGGAACCUGGUGAUGAAUCAUAUUCUGAGAAAUUAAAUUCUGUGAUUAAAACAAUUUCAUCACCUAAUACAGAUAAUACGCUUCUUCUGAAAUGGAUUAAAGAGUUUAAGGACAGUAUUCUAUUUCUUAGCAGAGAAAAUAAUCGCAUCAUUUCUGCUUUGUUGAAUUUAAGUUGGUACCUCAAAGAUGACUCUUUCAUUGUAUUAUAUGAAGAGUUCAUUCAGAAUUUAGUGACCGCACAUGCUUCGUAUGUUGGAGAAGUUUUAUUCAUGAUUGUUAAGAUAUUUUAUACAGUUUCUGAUGUUAAUAAUGAAGACAUCACUGAAAGUGAAAUGAAAAUGUAUCAAAAUUCUCACAAACUUUUAAAGCUUGUGAUUAAGCUUGUACCACUGUCAAUACAUGCAUUAUGUCCUUUGCUUACUAAAAAGUUUCCAUAUGUGAAAACUUCCACUCAUAUUUUGCAUUGCUAUAUUGUGAAUCUUUUGAAUAUAUGUACAUAUUUACCCUCUAAGAGACCUGAGAUCUUGAAAUGUAUAUUUGAACAUUUAAUUAAUGUUGAUGUAAAUUGUUCAAGAGAAAAUAUAGAAUUAUAUGAAUUUGAAAGAGAACAGGAAAAUAUUGCAUUUAUUGAGCAGGGAACUAUGCAAGAGUCGGAUGUUCAGAAAGACACUUCUAUGGCUUUUCCUUUGGCUCGUACUUUAGACUUAGCUAUGAAUUCUAUGCUCACAUUUAUUCAUAAAACUUGUUAUCCUGAAGGUGAAGAAUUAGACUGGGAUGCUACUAAAAAACUUUAUAAAGAACUUUUGGCAGUUUUUGAAAAAAUUAUUCUUCCAACUCAUGGAAGUUGUCAUUUGCAGUAUGUCAUGUUUUACAUUUGCAGUUUUAAGCAAGACCUCUGUGAUGGUUUCUUGGAUUAUUUAUGGAAGAAGGUUCAAAAUCCUAGCAUAGGUCCAGUGCAUAGGCAGAUAUGUGCGUUUUAUAUUGGCUCUUUGCUAGCUAGAGCUAAAUAUAUAAAUAUCAGCACUGUUACUGCCUGUUUUGAUUUAAUGUGUAAUUGGCUCCAUCGGUAUAUUGAUGUUCAUACAACACAAGAUCUAGUUGUCCAUGGAACUUUUCAUAGCAUUUGCCAGACUGUAUUUUAUGUAUUUGCAUUUCGAAGUAAAGAGUUACUAGAGUUAAAAAAUGGUCAUAAAUAUAUGCAGAGUCUUAAUUUUGAUCGAAUAGUUACUUCUCGUCUGAACCCAUUACGUUUCUGUGAUAGCACUAUUGUACAGAACUUUGCUAAUGUUUCCAGAAAUUAUCAGAUAGCUUAUGUUUAUCCUGUUAUUGAAAGAAACAAUCGUAAUUUAUUAUAUUCGUGUUUUGAACCAAGUGUAAGUUACACUGCUGGAGCUAUGAUACAGACUUUUUUCCCAUUCGAUCCAUACUUAUUGAAAAGAUCUAAGCAUUGGAUUGAACCUCUGUAUAGAAUUUAUAAUCACAGCCAUAAAGAUGAAGAUGCUAUGGACUAUGAAGAUGUUGAAGUUCCUUCAAAUGAUGAUUUAUUUUCAUAUGGUACAUCUCCAGGUUUCAAGAAAUCUAAUUUUUUAAAACACGAUAAAGGAUGAUGUAACAUAGUAUUUAGAUUUAAUUUAUUGUUAAAAUAAAGAAAUUGAAAGAUAUG